UUUGUACGUUGUUGUUGCUUUUGCUUUUGUCUUUUCCCCGUGUUUUGUGAAAAGAAAGCAGAAAAACUAAGGUGGCAAAAGUAAAAACGAAACAAAAUAAGAAAUUUGCCCAUUUUCCGUUAUUUUCUGCCUGAGAAAAGUGAAAAGUUUAAUUUACUAAACAAAGCGGCAAAACUGUGUGCGUGUGCGUGGGUGGCUGAGCCUCUGUGUGAAUGUGUGUGUGAGUGUGUGUGUGUCUCUCUAGUUUUUGCAAUUCCCUUUGCACACGCUCUUUCGUGUUGGAUUAUUGGAUUAUACCGCCAAUAACGGCACACGCACAGCAACAACAACCAUAGUAAAAACAACAAAAAGCGAUAAAGGAGAGCAGACGACGCUGGGAUUAAUCAUUAAUGUCCUAAGAGAUAAAGAACGGGAAUCUAGAAGCAUACGAAAGCAGCAGCCGGCCAAAAAGCAGAAGAGGAAGCAGCAGACGAGCAAGAAGAAGACGGCAAAAGUUUUUAAUCGGAAAAAACGAUCGUCAGAGGACCAAAAAGUCACAAAUACAAGUCCGUUUCACUUCUGCUGCUGGAAACCUUCGUCCUUUCGUGCGUCCCUUUCUGCUAAUUGCUUUGUGUGCCCUGCUCCUGGCUCCUUCUUGUCCUCACUAAGCAGCCCAGAUCCUUCCACACUCAAGGCUCAAGAUACUUACACCGCCGAAGAUACCUGAACUGCAGCUGUGCAGCCAGCCAGCAUUAUUUGCCCCGAGGAAAAUGGAAAAAGAGGAAAAAUCCGAACGCCAACGCGUCUCGACGUCUGUCAUGUGCGAUCCGAGUUUUGUGGCCCCUAACUAAGGCGCCUUGCAUAAAUUUACGCCAGAGGAUAAGCCAAAAAAAAAAAAGAGAGAAAAGAAGACGACUGGCAAGGCAAACAUAAAGCAAUUUUAUGCGUUUUUAAAAUGCCGGCAAUUGACUGAAACAACAAAAGCGAACUGAGGUCUGGAAAAUUCAGAUGGGCCGCAUGUGAGCACGUUUUCCGCUUUACACCGAAGGGUAAAUCAAAUACGAGACCAAAACCGCAUCGAAAGGGAAAAGGAGGACCAGGACCCCAUAUACACUAUACCAUAUCUCAGUCGCUGAUAAGCAAUAUAACGCAAAUGCUUGAUGGUUUGUUGACGACCAACAAAAAGUUCUUGAGCGUGUGUAAACAUUGGGAAAUACUGGAAAACGGAAAACAGAAAGCAGAACAGCGGAAAAGCAGCAAAACAGCAGCAAGGACAUCGAACGAAGGAGCCAUCCAGCCAUCCAACCAGCCAGCCAGCCAGCGUUUAUAAAUGCGCUACAGUUACAAAUUGUUGCCACAGCUGUGCGUGUGUGUUUUGGGUGCUGUGCGGCACAUGUGCGCUCUAAACCAUUUAUAAAUGUAACAAAAGCAACGCCAGCAGAAGAAAAAAAAACGAAGAAAAACAGUAAAAAGCUGAAAGCCCUUGGCACAAGUGCAAUGCAUAAAUAUAAACAAAGAGAUACGAACUAAAGACGGCCAAAAUACAGGCAGGCACAAGGUGCUAUAUGUGCACAUAUCUUUUUUUAUUUUUGGAGAAACAUAACGCGUUUAUAAAUCGAUAAUUUGAGACAGUGAAACGCGUAUAAAACGAGCUUUCCAAAAGAGCAUUGUGCACAAUUAGCGCCAUCGGAGCCAGGGAGCCAAGAAACAACCAAUGGAACAUGUUGAUGCCGGUGCGGGAGUACAACAAGCACAUAGCCAAAAUACCAAAUUGCAAGAUGAGGCAGCGGCCAACGCUUAGAGCCACCUUUGCAUCCCUACUGCUGCUGCUCCUGCACGUCGCCCAGGCUCUUGAUCCGGCGGCUGCCAGUGGUUCAGUGGCCGGAAGUGGUGCUGCAGCGGGUGGUGCAGGUCCAGCUUCCACCGGCGGUGCAGGUGGCGGCAGCCUGAGCAGUGGUCCACCCACUCUCAUUGCCAAUCUCACGGAACAGGGCAGUCCCGGUGUGUAUAAUUCGACAAUGGGUUAAUGCUAAUUACCCGUUUAUAUAUAUUUGGCAUUUACGUGGCUGUUUAGCUGACCUUUCAACCUUUUAGCCCCCCCCGACAACACUGCCAUUUUGGUAUUUGCUAGGACGUUUAUGCGUGGUACUUGGCAAUAAAAUUUAUUCCAAAUUGCUGUUAAAAAUAUAUAAUCCGAUUACUGACUUGCCUUAAUUUCGAUUUAAUUGUGCAUUUUAAAAUAAACAUUGUGGCCAUACUCCACUACAUAAAAUUUUUUUAAUUUAUAUGCAUAUAAACCAAAAUUAAAAAGCUUUAUAUUUAAAUCUACAUUUUUACUGCCCCUAGUUUCAUUGAAUUUUAAAAGAGGAUUACCUUUAAAUUUGGAUUACACUUAACAAAAACGAUAUGGCAACUCUUCUCCAAAAGUUUUUAUGCUUUUGGCCACACUUAAUUUGGCUCAAGUCAAGUAUUCAUGAAAAUCUUAGCAUAAACUUGGUAUGUUUUGUGUGUGUGUGUGUGUGCCAAUGUUUGUGUGUAUUUCCUUGUGCGCAUUUCCGGCUUCCGCUUCCGGUUGCCAAGCGACAAGGGGUGGCAAAAACUAUUAGCCACUUGGCGCUAAAUAACACCACCCACGCCCACUCAUCCCAGCCACUGAGGCAAAACACUAAGCAUCAAUUAACCCAAUUUUCAGAAUCCAUUUUCACCUGCAGGUACGGCUUCAGCUCACAACUCCGGAGCUUUGGCUUUUUCUGAGUAUUUUUCUAGCUGCGUGUUUCACAGCUCCAUGCUUGCAUAUAUAUAUUUUUGCUAUUUUUUUUACUAGCCUUUUCUUUUGCCCCUUUCUCUUUGCCGGCAAAUACCCAAGUGGCGGUGUUGAAACCAACGUCCAACUCCCAAUUCCCCAGACCCACCUAAUCCUAUAGGUUUAAUUCCGGGCACUCUUGCCCAGACUUUUUCGUGUUCCGUUCUUUUCCAUCUUUUCUUUCGCAGGCUUUGGCGCUAUUGUUGUAGUUUGGUUUGGUUUGGUCACUGGAUCUGGAAAUGGAAAUGGAGUGGAAGCUGAAACCAUAAUUAAUCCAUUGAUUUUCGAUUUUUUUCAGCUUAAAUAAUUCAUACAAAUCAUUUCAGCAAUAAAUAUGCAUUCGUUCACAGCAUUUAACAAUGAAUUUUUCAGGCAACAAAUGUUUUUUUUCAUCCUAGAUUUUUUUUUUUUGUUGAAUAACAUGGGAUCCAAUUACAAAUUGAUGAGCAGGUAAUGAACGUAACAGAAACAAAAAAUCGAAUAUUUUAAUUUUGAAAAGCCACUGUUGCAAACUUUGAUUUGCAUGUAAUGUCAUAAAUAAUUCAUUUUAACACAUUCAACAUUUAUGAAUAAUUCUUUUUGAACUUUUUUCUUUAUUUUAGCUGUCGCUAUUAAUCAAAUUAUACGUUUACUACAUGCAUUUUUAAAUUGUUUCUUUAUGUCGUUACGUGUAUGCAGCCGCCUGGAAAUUUGGUGUGACAGAGUGUCAUAAACUGCAGAAUGCGGGUGGCCAUCAUUCCCGGCGCUUGAUUGAGAGUCCAGGCCAAAAAAAAUCACCUGGAACGAUGCCAGAUGUUGUGGAUAAUAAAUUCCUGAAGAUGUGACAACACUUGGGAUACAUUUUAUGUGGCUAAAAGUCUGCUACAAAAAGUCAAUGUAAUUGAUUGACCAGUUGGGAAAUUAUUUAUCUAAUAUUAUUAAACGCCUAAAAUAUUAACUUAAAAGAAAAUUAUUUAUUGUAAAGAACAUUUCCAAAUAAUUUUAAGAGGAAUUCCUCUAUUACUUUAAAGAAUAAUUGUAUAAAAUACAGUUAUUCACUGUUAUCUUAAAAAAUGAUUUGUUAUUAAGAACAUUUCCAAAUAAUUUUAAAAAGGAAUUUCUGUAUUAUUUUAAAUAAUAAUCAUAUUAUACACAGAUAUAAGGCUUUCAAAUUUGAAAUAUUUUUAAACGAUAUACAAAAAACUGUGAGAACUAAAAUUAUUAAUAUCACUUAAAUGUCCUACCUUACACUCCUUAUAUUUUUAAUGUUUUCACAUUAUUUCCAAGAGAAACAUAAAAGAAUGUAUUGUAACUACCUCAGCUCAUUUAUAACUCUGUUAACUAACUUUAAGAUCUGGAAAUAAAAAACUAAUUUAUAUAAAA